UGUUCUGCUAAUGAAAGUUGUUUGGUGGUGACGGUUCGCCAGCUGCGGGAACUGGAAGGACAAGUAGGGAACAUAUGAGGGUAUAAAGAAGUAGAGGAGACGGAAAGCGGACCAUUGGCUUCACAAAAGGCCGCGUGAACACCAACAAGAAUCAAGUCACAGGAUUUUAUACCGAGGUGAAUUUGGACAAGUCACCAUUUCCACAAGAUGUUGAUGUGGCUUAUUCUGUUGUGGUGUGGCUUCAGUAGUAGUGUUGACCUUCCUCGGUUGGUACGCAGUUCUGCAUCCUCAACGGCCGUACCUUCUGUCGCAAGCAGCAUUUAUACCACUGCACGGACCACUGCAGGCACCAUUGGGGGCAGCACCGCAGGGAGUGCCACAGGGAGUACAGCUGGGACCACUUCAGGGCGCACCGCAGGGAGCACAGAUGCGGCCUACGAUUGGCCAGAGGUCACCUCAGAGACUGCCGGGCCAGUGACCAUGCCGAGAGGAAUGGAAGAGGAGAAAGAUAAUGAUUAUGGCCAAAUCUUAAAGGUCGACACAAACGGGGCGUCAGAGAAAACAGCUAGACAGGACAAACUAAAAACCAAAGGUGUGACAGCAUCCAACACCAUGGCGCAAACAGAUCUGGCCAGACUGAAAAAGUACAAGGAUGUCAUCAAGAAAGUGGGAGGGAAAAGGGGGAUUGAUCCCUCUAUCAUCGCUGCCAUCAUCUCCAGAGAGUCCAGGGCUGGAAAUGUUCUUAAAGAUGGCUGGGGAGACAACGGCAACGCCUGGGGACUCAUGCAGGUUGAUAAAAGGUUUCACAAUCCACGAGGUGGUUGGGACAGUGGGGAACAUCUCUGCCAAGGCACGGAUAUCCUGAUCGGCUUCAUCGAUCAGAUCAAGAAGAAGUUCCCCAACUGGACUCCAGAGCAGCAACUCAAAGGCGGGAUCGCGGCCUACAACAUUGGUGUGGGAGGCGUGCAAACCUAUGAAAAGAUGGACAUGGGCACCACCGGAGACGACUACUCCAGUGACGUCGUUGCCAGAGCUCAGUGGUACAAAAGCCAAGGAUGCUUUUAGCGUGAAAAUGAAGCAGUGGAGGAAAACCCUUGUCAACAAACACUGAAUAAAAAUGACUCCAAGUGCCA